GGCAUGAAGCUCGGAUGGGCAUUUCUGCUUAGUCUAUUUACAUGGAAGCCAGGAGGUGGUGGCACGUCUUUAAUCCCAACAUUCGGGAGGGAGAGCCAGGCGGAUCUCUGCCAGAAGAGGGUGUUGGAUCCCCUGAAACUAGAAUUGUAGAUGGUUGAGAAAUGCCAGUAGGUGCUGGAGUUGUAAGCUACCAUGUGGAUGCUGGAAAUUGAACCCAAGGUCCUCUGCAAGAGUAGCCAGUGCUUGUAACCUCUGAGCCAUCUCUCCAACCCUGGGUCCAAGGUUGAUCAAGAUCCAUAUCCAGUGCUGCACUGUUCUUAGUGGUUCUUCGCUUUCCAAAACACCCUCCUGGCUAGUAUGCGGAAGCUGUGUGCCUGCUCCUGGCUGAAGUGCAGUUUGGCUGAGCUUUUGUUCCACUUAUGAAUAGUUCUUGCUGGAAGUCCAUCACCCAGAGGCCAGCUCUCCCAACAGCCGGACAACAGCAGAGUAGCAUGCCUGUUUCCAGUGCCAUGACACGGGAGGGGCAGUUCAGGGAGGAGUUGGGCUAUGACCGGAUGCCCACACUGGAGAGAGGUCGGCAGGAUACAGGACGGCAGGAUGCGGGCAGCUACACCCCUGACUCAAAGCCGAAGGACCUGCAGCUGUCGAAGAGGCUGCCCCCAUGCUUCAGCUACAAGACAUGGGUAUUCUCUGUGUUAAUGGGGAGCUGCCUUCUGGUGACUUCUGGAUUUUCACUCUACUUGGGGAAUGUGUUCCCCUCCGAGAUGGAUUAUUUGCGCUGUGCAGCAGGCUCUAUUCCCAACUUUCAGAUAUUGUUUGUCUCCACGUUCGCUGUCACCACUACGUGUUUAAUCUGGUUUGGAUGUAAACUGAUCCUGAAUCCAUCAGCAAUAAACAUUAAUUUCAACCUCAUCCUGCUCUUGCUGUUGGAGCUCCUCAUGGCAGCCACGGUGAUCAUCUCGGCACGAUCCAGUGAGGAGUCCUGCAAGAAGAAGAAGGACUGUCACUGGAAGACCAACUCUGAGAAAAUGCUGGGUUCCAUCUCAGAUGGCACCAAAAUUUUGGAUGAAGUGACUUUUCCUGCUCGGGUCCUAAAAUCCUACUCCGUGGUAGAAGUAAUUGCUGGUGUCUCCGCUGUCCUCGGAGGGGUGAUUGCUCUAAAUGUAGAUGAAGCUGUCUCGGGCCCACAUCUCUCAGUGACAUUCUUUUGGAUUUUAGUGGCUUGCUUUCCAAGUGCCAUUGCCAGCCAUGUGACGGCAGAGUGUCCCAGCAAGUGUCUGGUGGAAGUGCUGAUUGCCAUCAGUAGCCUCACAUCCCCACUGCUCUUCACUGCCUCUGGAUAUCUGUCCUUCAGCGUGAUGAGAAUCGUGGAGAUUUUUAAAGAUUACCCACCAGCCAUCAAAUCCUAUGAUGUGCUUCUCCUGCUAUUGCUGCUAGUGCUGUUGCUUCAGGGGGGCCUCAACACUGGUACAGCCAUCCAGUGUGUGAGCUUCAAGGUCAGCGCCCGGCAACAGGCUGCAGCCUGGGACACCCAGACUUGUCCCCAGGAGCGCCCAGCAGGGGAGAUGUCCAGAAGCCCCCUGAAGGAGUUUGACAAAGAGAAAGCCUGGAGAGCUGUGGUGGUGCAAAUGGCCCAGUGACUACAGGAUAAAGAGACUGAGUCUUGGUGUCUGUCUGGCCCUGGUGUGCCCAACCAUAUGGACUCUAACGAUCCUGCAACAACUGCUUGCUAACAUGCUCCUUCCCUCCUGUGAGGGCAGCCCAGGCUGCAAGGUGGUUUUCACUACCUGUAGUAGUUUAACUUUGGAACAAGCAAAUGUUGAAGGUUGCACCCUGCUGUGUGGGUCAGUUCUUUACUUCUCAGGUGACCCUUAUUUUCCAACCCUCUUCACUUCUGGUUGGCUCCUACUCACUCACUCACUCACUCACUCACUCACUCACUCACUCACUCACUCACUCACUCACUCACAGGAUCUGAUGUUUUGGCCUUAGGGCGCUUCCCUGCCUCUGUGUGCUUGCCACAGUGUGGGGAUGCUUUGUGAGAAUCCCAUUGGCUUUGAUUAAAAUCACAGCCAAGAGAUGGCUUGUAUACCGUCUCCCCAAACCCCAGAGGACUCCUGGAUUCUCCCAGCUGACAAGAGCACCAAGGAAUCCAUAGUAUUGGGUACCUUGUAAAACUGGGAACCAUUUUAGGAAUUGCUUUCCUGCUCAUGCUGUCACUGAAUCUGUUUGUCACGGUGGUUUUGUCCUUCCUCUGGGAGGUGAGCAGCAAUGUCCCUUUACUGAGCUGGGGUGUGCAUCAGUGGGUCCCACUAGAGGUGCAUUGUAUGCCCCCAAAGAGCUGACUGAGUCAAGGAGAUGAUGGAAAUCCUUCUAGGCUUCUCGUUUCUAAGUGCACAUGACUCUGCCAGGAUUCACAAAAAGUGUGAUCAGUCGUUAUUUUUAGUCAGAGAAAUGCAAGUAAGGCACCUGGAAGGUAAAAAGUACCAAGCAAAGCAGCCCCACUCCCAGCCUUGAGGAGUCCCUCUCCUGUCUUCAUCUUCUGUAGCUGCAGAGGGCUGGGGCCUGCACCAAAUAAAUGCCCUGAGCGGUGCAGAGCCCUCUAGGCUUUGGGCCUACUGCAGCUCUGCCACGCCUUCUUGGGUGGGGAGCAAGUCGUCUGCUAGACCAGAGGCUUGACCAUUCAGGGCCAGAAUGAGGCAGCAGGGCCAUUGCUUCUGGGCUUGCACUUUCUAAUUUUAAAGAGCUUAAAAAAAACCAACUCUCAUAAAUGGGAUCUAAAAAUUGUCUCUUGUACACUUUUGUUUGGUAUAGUUUAAUAUGCUUGGGCAAUAAAUGCUAACAUGCAAAUGUG